AUGUCUCGCGUUCCUCCCUAUCCCACUGCGCGACGCCCGCAGACGCCGAACGGUAAUUUUCAUGACGAUGGACCGACCCCGCCAAACACGACUCGGCCCCUGCAGAUAAGCAGGCCUCACUCACGCCCAACGACGCCUAGUAGCCGAAUCACACCCCGAAUCACACCGCUACCCGGUUCAUCUAGUGCAACACCGCCUGUUCCUACCCGACCAGCAAGAUCUGGUCUGAGAGGGAGAAACCUUUCCGAACUUUCUGGCUUAGAGAGACUUUCAUUCGAUGCGCUUAGUGGCGACCACCGAGACAGUUCAGGCACUAUUCGCUCGGACGCUUCCCAGCCCCCCACACGACCUCCCCGGGCUGUUCUGUCGACGUCACCAACCAGCGCGCAACUACCGGCCAGCAAUCACCUGAGUCCUAUCACGCCGUCGUCAGCGGGGACGGAGCUCUCACCCUCGGAGGCCGCUGCCUUAGCAAUGUUCCAAAGCGCUAUAGCGCGACGGCGGGGCAUGAGCGAAGACGAUAUGUUAGAUGCCGAAUAUGAGAAGGAGAGAGCACGCGAGGCUGCCAUCCUGAUGGACCGCCAGAGGAGGAUUCGCGAGAGGGUACCUGGUAUGAAGGCCCACAAGCCUCGAGCAGGAGAUAUUGACGCCAUCUUGAACGAAAUCAAAGACGAGUGGGAAAUUGUAACAAAUCCUAACUUCAAUCCCGUAGACCUAGCCUUACAGCUCCUGGAUGAUUCCCGCGAGCUGGCGCAAGGGAGGGAUAUGGCUUCUUUCCGCCAAACUAAGAAUAUGUUAUCAAAAGCCCUCAAAGGCUCCGUUGAUAAGCACUACCAAGCCUUCAAUUCAUCCCUUUCGCACCACGCCUCUCUGUUAAAUCAUCUCAGCGGCAUUCAGACACAAAUAUCCGAAGCCAGGUCUGCGCUCCAAGAGGCGAAGGAAGGUCUGGGCAACAAGCGAGGCGAUUUAGUGCAACUCUGGUCAAGGAACCAGACGCUUGAGGAAAUGCUACGCAUCUUGGAUAAAAUUGAGCACCUUCGUUCGGUGCCAGACGCUCUGGAGAGCUUGAUUUCCGAGAAGCGACUUCUACAGGCCGCUGUGCUACUUGUAAGGAGUCUGAAGCUGAUUCACAAGCAAGAUAUGAUGGAUAUUGGUGCAUUGGCGGAUUUACGAAGCUACCUGAAUGCCCAAGAAACAGCUUUGAGAGAAAUCCUCGUCGACGAGCUGCACAGUCAUCUAUACCUAAGGUCUUUCUGGUGCGAAUCGCGUUGGUCGGUAUACGAGCCCGGACAGCAGAUCUGUACGUAUGCGGCAAAUGGUCUUAAACUCGUCAUUUACGUUCAGCCAGUCCAGAAGGUUGAGUUCGAAGAGGACAGCGCCCCUAUGGAUCCACUCAAAGCUUCCGCUCCAAGCACGCCGAUUACGCACACCUCACGCUCUACUCGCCUUAGCCGAUACUUGGACGAGCUCAAUCUCCGUCCCAACGAACCGCCGUUCGAUCUUAAUGAGCAGAAUCAUCUUGACGGCGGCUCAGGCUCAAUCUUACAAGCAUCUGCCAGCAUGUCCCUGGGUUUGUCGGCGGGACAGUCCAUGGCAUCCUUGUCGAGCCUUGCUGCGCCCUCGCUUGCUGCUGCAGCCAGUCAUAGCGCUGCGCAGUCGAAUCGGAAUCCUGAAGCAGAUUCUUUUGCAUACAUAGAGACCCUCCUGGAAGCUCUAGCAGUGCUGGGCAAGCUUGGUCUUGCCCUAGACAUUGUCGCUCAAAGGCUGCCCCAAGAAAUAUAUGCUCUCGUGGAAACGACUUUGGACGAAGUCGCCGAACGUGCUGAAUACGGCCGGCGAGUAUCCAUCCUGGGGCCGAGUGGCGCCGCUAACGCCAGUAGGCCGAGCGAUGUCUAUUUCCACACAGGCUCGGGAAUCUCUGGCCUGUCGUACAUGGGCGUCCGACCUGGGGUACACGGACAACUACUUCCCACGCAGUCUCUGCGACUCGCGGCACUUGAGAUGUCGACGAAACGUGCAGAUCAGGAGAUUAUGAAGGAUGUUUUCUGGACGCUGUACUCGAAAUUGGAUGCCGUUGCGCAGGGUUUGCGAGUGAUCUACGAAGUGUCGAACCGUAUUGGAUCGAGGAGAGACUUCAGGGAUACGUCGGGCACAAAGCCAGGUUCUUUAUUCCCGUUGGCCGAAAUAUGGUCACCAAUUCAGGCCGAAGUGCGAACUCUACUGAACGACUACAUUACGGACGAGGAGCAGGGCGUUGUGUCUGGCCGCAAUCCUAUCUCUUCUAUCAACGAGGUUCUCCGUGAGGGCAAGCACUACCGCGACAAAACCAAGCCCGUCUUCCGUUUCGCAGAUGCUGAUCUGAAACUGGCGAACAAGUAUCUGAGGGCACAUGAAGACGAGCUUACACGCGUUCUGAAAGACACUGUGCCGGGUUUGGUGCAAGGAUCCACGGAGAACGCGGUGCAGGCGACUUUAUCUGCAGUGGGCCAGGAUGACCGGCUGCUCGGGAGCGGAAACCACCAUCGGCUUCUCGUCCACCCUGAUGCAUUCCAUGUCAGCGUGCUAUUCCAGCCUACCUUGGCGUUUAUGGAUCGCAUUGCUGAAGUCCUGCCGGAGGGGAAGGAGGCUGUCCGCGCUUCGAGCAACGUACUCGAUGAAUUCGUCCUCAAGGUAUAUCUGCCGCAGCUGGAAGAUAAGGUAUCGGAACUGUUCCAUCAGGCUGUCACCAGUUCCGACGCUUUCCAACCGGAUUCCGUCUCUACAAGCAUCUCGUCUAAGCCGCUUAUGAAGGCGGCGGUCCAGCUCAUGGCUCUCAUUAACUCGCUUUGCUCAAUGCUGUGGACAACCCCGUUUCAUAGGGAAAGUUACUCUAGGCUGAUCUUGACCGUUAUCGGGCAGUUCUAUCAGCGCUGCAGUGAUAAGUUCCAAGACCUUGUGUCCAUCAAAGACAGCGAAAACAGCGAUACUCUUCCGUACUUGUCGCUCGCUGCUCAGUGGACCCAGCGGUCAGAGCUUACAGCAUGUCUCGCGGGGCUCUUCAGUAUCAUAGAGGAUCCGAAUGCGGCGAACAAGAGAGCUCAGCUGUGCAGACAGCAAACUCAUCUAGAGGGUAGUCUGCUAGGCGAAAGGACAGUGGGCAAGAUCCAGCUCGUGCGAACUACCCGAGACCUCGCUACCUUGACAACCUUAUACCAUAGUGUGACGUGGUUCUGCACCGAACUGGGUGGCCUCAAAUCUUCUCCAGAGGGGUCAUUAUCUCCGACAUCGCCUCAGAAGCCGGAGCCUUUGGGUGCGGUGUCACCCUGGACCCCUUAUCCACCUGCCUUCGCGGAGCAGGCGAGCGAGCCGCUGCAACUACCGCUGUCUACCGCUAUGGCUAUGCGCUUCCAAUCUUUGCAGAAGACGUAUGAGCAGCUGUCUGAAUCUAUCCUGCAUACUGUACGAGCCGACGUACGAUGUCGAGUGUGGCAUCAUUUGGAUCUUGCUCUGCGCAGUGGCAACUACCACAUCGAUCAAGAGGCGUCUGAGCCAGACCCUCAUAUUGUGGAUCUCAACGUAGAGCUUGUCAAAUGUGACGAUUACACUUCGAGCACACUUCCUCCGAAGGAGAGAAAAUUUGUCUUCGAGGGUAUUGAUCAGCUUAUGGAGAGCCUGCUCAUCUCGAACGCGAGACAUAUUCGCGCUAUAAAUCAGAAUGGCAUCAAGAAGAUGUUUCGCAACGUUCUUGCCCUCCAGCAAAACAUUAAGAUCAUAGCGGAGGGGCUGCAAGUCGAGUUCGACCGUGCCAAGCGCUACUACGCCCUGUUCACAAAGUCGCCUUCGGAUCUCUUGGAUGCCAUUCGUGCGAAGCAGGAGUUCUCGUUCGACGAGUACAAGACGAUUCUCGACCUACUCUGUGGCGUGGAUCCUACACAGGGAGAAUCUGCAGCUGCUCACGCAACUGAUCGCAACUAUAGCAUGUACAUGAUCGAGCUGCAUGGGCUUGAGUUGGAGAACUCCCAGAGCAGUGAUACCUAAGUCGGAUGGGGGUUAUAAGAUAUGUUAUCCGGGAUUAUUUAUUACGGAUGUUAUCUAGUUACCCUGUUUUGCCUAGACAUCUGCUAUCGCGCUGCUCUCUCUAUGGGAUUUUUCUUUUGAGCCUCAACAUGUGCCAGCCACUCCAAAUCUGACGGAUCGGCUUUCGGGGACCUGAAAGUAGCAGAUCGUGUGUGGUUUGCCAUUGCCGCCGGAGCAAAGGAGACGCUAUACUUUUCUCCCCUCUGCCCGCCGUUCUUGUCUUUAAUGAACGUGUGCGUGAGGAUGGGUAUGCGACUCAAGAGCGUCUUGUAGCGUCGUCGGACAAAUCUGGAGUGAAGGAUGGGACUUGCAGGUGUAGGCAGCUGGGACGCAUGGACCAUCUGCUGGCCUCCCGCGAGGGCUUUCUUCUCUUUCCGAGUUAAGCUCCUGAUCCUAGAUGGUGGGCCAGCUAACGCCUCGGCUUCCUCAAAAACGCCCCGAUCUUGCAAGGGCAGUGGGCGGACGUCGUAAUGCUUGAGACUAGCGAGGUCUUUCUUAGGUUCGGCUGAGAUUUUCGGGCCAGAUAGUAAUUGUUCUUCAACAAGAACCUGCAAUGGUGGAAAUAGCUUCUUCACCUCAGACUGGAAGAAUUCCCAGCGUGCAUUGACCUCUCGUCGUUUGCUGAAUGGGCCCCAAAACUUCGCAUCUUCCGAUUCUGGGUUUGCCCUUUCAGGUAGCUUAGGAGGCCAAUCAAUUCGGGUAGAGAGGACACGUCCACCGCUCGAGCGGGUAACCGGGACAGCUAAUAGAGCCGCCAUUUCUCGGGAGUAUACCGGCGGGCGAGACUUCUCGACACCAGGAAUAAUAAGCUUUGGCGGAGGAGCUGCUGGGUCACUCAAUAGAGGCUAGA